AGAAACCCAAAAAUGGGUAAUAGGAUUAGUGCACAGCCAUAUCGAGUUUCCAUAUGAGUCUUGCAAGUCCAUUAGAAGACUGGCCCCGUUUGUAGGGGUCAAACCGGCCCAGGCCCAUAUCGGAGCCGUCCAGUCUAAACAAAAGAGACGAAACCGUCCGAAGCGGAUGCCGUAGCUACCCAAGCAGAGUUAAAAAAAUCACAAUCACAUGGCCCUUUAAUUUUGCCGAAAUCCAAACUCUUUCUUCGUCGCGGAGCAUUGUUUUGCUUUUGUCAUUGUCAACCACACCACCCCUUUUAAGUUAGCUACUGCUUCGUUCUAGCUACCUAGAAAAGCUCAUCAUCAUCAACCAAUAAAUAGCACAGCAGAGAACCAAAUUCAGUGUGGGAAUAAGAAAAGAAAUAAAUGGCGGAUUGGGGGCCUGUGCUGAUUGCGGUGGUGCUGUUCGUGUUGCUGAUGCCGGGGCUGCUGUGUCAGGUGCCUGGGAACAGCAGAGCAGUCGAUUUCUGCAACAGGCAGACUAGUGGCCUCUCCAUGUUUGUUCAUACUAUUGUGUUUUUUGGACUCAUUGUUAUCUUUUUCAUUGCUAUUGGUGUUCAUAUCUAUAUUGGCUAACAUAUCUAUCUCAUUUGGGAUUGGUUAUUUCAAUUACUUCAGAUUUUGUCCUAUAGUGUUAUAUAGAUAUAUAUUUGAUUAUUAUUAUAAUUUCCUUCACUUCUUCUACUGUUUGAUUAUUUAUAAGAAAAAGUUGAUCCACGA